AUGAAGAGUGUACAACUCUUCACAAUACCAUUACAGAACCCCCUCUUCCUAUUCCAUAAAAAAGUGAAAGCGCAACUUUCGGAUGCAUCUUCCCGUACAUCAGGUUUAGUUAAUCAAUACUUAUCAGAAUUUGCAUUGUUAGAAUGCGAAUUUUGUACGUACAAUGGGAAAACAUAUCAAAAUGGAGACAAAGUUUACACUGGCUCAUAUGAUGAAGGACAUUGUGAGGGCUACUACUGCAUCAAUGGAAGUUUAGAACAAUAUUACAUUGUUUGUGAAGAAAUUUUUGAUCCUGACAUCCUCGUCUAUGACUGUGAAACAAUCUUUACAGAGGGAGUUUGUUGUCCCAAUUUUGAAUGUCCUUCAACUUCUACACCUUCUCCUACUUUUGGUACAAAAAAUUAA